AUGGUAUUCAUCUUCGGUAUUGAAAAUCGACGUGAGGUUGCCGAGGCCUUGCCACAGUUCGUCACUCUUGAUUCUUACAAGGAUGAAAAAAAGAAGGGGAUCAAAGGGGGAAACAACAUACAUGCCCAUGCACCGUACCCGUACUUUUGGGUCAAGAGCACAUUCUGUCAAGGCACUGUAACUGUAACUCAGAGGCUUGAGCCGCUGUUUCCUAGCUUUCGAGUGCUGAAGGGGGAAGCUCUGGGACCAACCAGUGGAGGGGACAUAGCGCUGGGUCACUGUCUUAUCGGAGAAUCGAAACCGAACCUCAUUCUCACCCUCACCCUCACCCCCACCCCUCAUCCUCAUACCAUACCGCAUCACUUCCACCACACAUUCGCGACGUCCCACCGCAAAAGCGGCAACUGGUUCAUCAAGCUUAUCAAGCACACAGAGCAAGCAUUGUCUCUUCUCCGGAUAAUUAACCCUUCAACAUGA